CACAUUGUGAUCCUUUCGUCUGGAUUGUCCUUUCAGAACUUAAGUGGAAAGCUCUGGGAUAAAAGGGAUGCUUUCAGUGAAGCCACGCAACCGACAAGACCGUCCAUUGAAUUUCAUGGGGGUUUCCAUUUUCAAAGAGAAAUCAAUUAGUUACUCCCCCGCCAAAGAAAACAGCCAAAACAUUUAUUCACUCUGCACAAAUAUGAAUUAAUUACAAGUUGCUAUGAUAUGACAUUUGAAAUUUCUCCGCAUCUUCCUUGCCUACCCAACCCUGACUUUUCUUCCCAUGGAAUUUCUGAGAAGUUGCGCAAUGCCUUUUGUAUAAUACCCCUUCUCUUAUCAGCUAAAAGUCCAUUGCUCUAUAAAUUUCCACAAGUCUGAAGCAACACAAGCAGCAGGUUGCGAAUUAUGGAUUUCGAUUAUGCCAUCCCUCCAAAAUUCACUGCUGGUCAUGUGAAUGCGGCUUUUCUUACUUCGUCUGGAGUCCUGCACCAGGCAUGGAAAGAGAUAUGUAGUAUUUCUACAAAUAAUAUAGAUACUUCUAUUGUAAAUGAGUAUGAAAGCGUUGUAUAUGUGACCUUCCGUUCGCUUUAUGGAGAAGAUUUCAAUGUCAGUGAUGGCAGAUAUGGAGAGUGUAAUAUCCAGAAUGACAACGGAGUGUUCUCUGCCAACCUCAAGGUUGAUGAUGGCAAGCCUGCCCUUGUUUUCAAGGGGGCUCUCAACCGAUUCUUGCAUACCAUGCAAAGUUCAAAUUUAGAAGCCCAGAUGCAGAGAUUUGCUAAUCAAAAAAAGGAACAAGCCAUUAUAUUUGUGGGUCAUUCCAUGGGAGGUGCAGUAGCAACCCUGGCCACCAUCUGGUUUCUGGAAAAGAGAUUAAGAAACAUCUCCCCUUUUUGCAUUACAUUUGGUUCUCCUUUGGUAGGAGAUGCUAGUCUUGGGGAAGCAAUUGGGCGUGAAGAUUGGUCUGGCAAAUUCUGUCAUGUGGUUUCCCAAUAUGAUAUUGUUCCCAGGAUGCUUCUUGCACCAUUUGAAUCGAUUUCUGAGCCUUUGAAUACAAUUAUGCCCCAUUAGGGGAGCAUAAUUGGUAUUGACUCCAUUGCUGCCUCAAAUCUUUCUAUUGAAGAGGCUUGCAUGAGUCUUUGUGACAGUGUCUUGAAGUUCACAUCUACCAUAGCUAAAAAUUACCCAGGUGAAUCUGUUCUCAGAAGCCCAUAUAGACCCUUUGGUAGUUAUAUGUUCUGUUCAACCCAAGGUGCAGCUUGUAUUGAGGACCGUGAAGUUGUGUUGAAGAUGUUAUAUUUCAUCAUGCAAAGCACAGAAGAGAAUUGUGUUGAUAGAGUUGCAGGCUCCUGCAUUUCUUAUCACACAGGCUAUGGCCAAAUGUUGGAAAAUAUCACUGAAUGCUUAUUUAAUGAAACAAAUAUUGCAAACCCCAUCUCAAACUCAUCCUUUGAGAUGGGAAUAGCAUUGCAAAUGGAAGCAAUUGGCGUUGGGGCUCAGAAUGAGCAUGCCCUUUUGGCUACCAGAACAGCUGGGGAGGUGAAAAACAAGCAAGACAUGAACAUUGCUGAACUAAAUUACAAAUUGAGCAACCACCAAAGUAAUAUGGCAGAGCUGGAAUGGUACAAAUUGUGUUGCAAGGACCAUGGCUACUAUGAUUCUUUCAAAGAGCAUAACAACAAGAAAGAUAUUCAUGCAGAUGGGUGCAGAAUAAAGUUGGCAAAUUUUUGGGAUGAGAUAGUUAAGAUGGUGGAGAACCAUGAAUUGCCCGGUGACUUCCAAUGCCAAAACAAAUGGAUUAAUUCUGGCAAUACAUAUAGGAAACUUGUGGAGCCUCUGGACAUUGCACAUCACUACAGACACAAAGGAGAUGAAAGCUAUCUUUCACCAGGUGUAAGACCCCAUCGUCAUGUGGUUCUGGAGAAAUGGAUGAAGGACAAAGAACAAACUCGCAUUGGUAGAAGUGACAGAACUAAGAAGCCUCGCACAAAGUUUUCAUCCUUAACAGAAGAUUCCUGUUUUUGGGCUCAUCUGGAAGAGGCUUGUAAAACCCUAGCAAGUCUCCAACAAGAGCAACAGCAACUUCUAGUCAUUAACUCUGAACUGAAAGGAGGCCUUGAAAAGUUUGAAGAUUAUGUGUGGAACAGGAUCAAAGUUCGUAGUAUUUCUGCUGAGGUUUUCUUGGAGGAGAGUAGCUUCAUGAAAUGGUGGCAUCAGUACAGACAGCUUCAACUUCAAUCUCCUCCUUGGCAGUCAAAUUCUCCUUUGUUCAAUUUCAUGGAAGGAGAGAGUUGGAAGUUGGAAAUUUAGAGGAAAGAGUUUUUGCCAUCAGUGACUAAGAUCGUUGGGGUUGAUAUGUUGUUGCCCAUUUCUGCUGUUUCUUUCUGAUAUUUGUUUCUUUCAGAUACAUCAAAUUUCUAUUAUGUUUAAUGAGUGUAGUUUUUGGAUUCAAUUGUAUGGGAUUUUUUUGCAUUAUCGUUUCGGAUCACAUUGGUAAUCCAUCAUCAGAAUGAAAUAAGAGAGCUCCCAUUUCUGCUGUUUCUUUCUGA